AUUGAGCUGGCCUUAAACAGGAUCAAAUAUUAAUGAACUUUUCUGUAACUGUCCAGCUGCAGUUUGUGGCAUUCUAAUAUAAUGAAUGUCUGAUUGUUUUAUAAAGUUAUUUAUUUAAACAUCUUUUUCUAGUAAUUAUAUAUGCCUUUUUUUAAGCUGUAGAUUUGUACAAAAAUACACUAAAAUGAUGCAGAAGUUAAAGACAGUUGUGAAAUCAUGCUGUGAAGUAAAGGUGUUUUCAGGUAAGUGACUGUUUGUUUUUUAUCAAUUUACACAACACAAUGUGAGCAAAUAAGCAAUUGACAACUAUAAUACUCGCAUUUGUCCAGUGUUUAUUUAGGUUGAAAUGUACAGAAUUAUCUGUCAUCAGAAGACAUCAAAACUAACUUAACUUUGGUGUAAUGCUUUUACUGGGACACCUGAUGGAGCCAAACGUGCAUCACAGCGCUUUACAAUGUGUUUCUCAUCACGUAUUAAGUAUUCAUAAAAAUUUAAUUCCCAAUUUAAACAGUUUCAUUUGAGACACGUGUAUUAUAUUAUUAGAAGCAGUUCAUGUUUGCCCAGAUCUUUUAAAUACACUUUAUAUUACCAUUUACACAGACAUCUACUUUUGUGGAUAAUUUAUCCACAAUAAUCUGCCUGAGUCGUCAUCUAAGGCUAAAAUAUUUUGACCAAGAGUUAAGACUUUAAACAGAAAAAAAUGUUUAUUUGAAUUUGAUUUUUUUUUGUGCCAAUGUCACACUAAAUAUUUAAAUGCUAAAUGAUAAUCUAUUUGAGUGAGUAAAUAUUAAAUGUAGUAAUUGUAGUUUUUUUUGAAGGGAAAAAUAAAACAUGUAUUUUCUAAGAAAGUUAAUAAAAAGCAGACCAGGGAUAACAUGUGGCCAAUUAUCACCAGGUGAAGAAUAAUGGAUGAGCUGAAAAAACAGAUGAGAUGGAAACAACACAGAUGAUGGAAGGAACAAGACUAACGACAAGACGACAUGUCUCUGAGACGACAGACAGAGCUGCAGCAACGAAGGGGAAACCAAGUCCAGAGAUGUUCCUCUCUGUCCUUUUGUUGUUUGUCCCGAUCCCAGACCUUCACCUUCUCCUACAGCUGUCAGCAUCCAUAUUUGCAUCCCAGGGAGUGGCUGCUGACACCAAAAACACCUCAACCGGGGGCAAAAACAGAAAGUUGCUCUCCCUUUUUCAAAAUUCAGCACAUUAAGUAGCCAAACAUGGAGAGUGAAGGUCACCACUCACACAUCUAGUGCCUGAUCCUCGAGGCCUCAUCUUCGUCAGGUCCAGACCCGGUCUCCCUGCCACUGUAGUAUGAACAUGCUCAAGUCCAGUGGACUGAAAAUCCCAGGCCGAGGGGCCAAGCAUUCCAGCCCAGUGGGAAGGACCUCAGUGGGCGGAACGUCCAGCCCCGUCAUCCCUAAAGACAACACCCCGCUGAAGCCGACCACACCAACUAAGAUCUCUGAAGAGGGUGAUGACGUCCUGGGCGACUACACUCUGGGUGAACAGGUCUGGGUCAACGGCGUCAAACUUGGAGUGGUAGCCUACUUGGGGGAGACCCAGUUUGCCCCGGGACAGUGGGCAGGCGUGAUCCUGAAUGACCUAGUUGGCAAAAAUGAUGGUUCAGUGGGCGGCGUGCGCUACUUUGAGUGCCAGCCGCUGCAGGGAAUCUUCACCCGGCCCUCCAAGCUCACACGGCAGCCUGUGGGCGAGGGCAGCGACAGCCACUCCACCGACUCCGUCUCGGCUCAAACUCAGACAGGAGGCAACGGCGCCCCUCCUGGUCAGAGGGUGGUAGUGCCACUCAGAGAGGGUCUGCUCAACAGCGCAGUAAAAACAGGAAAUGAGUCGGGAUCCAACAUGUCUGAUAGUGGCUCCGUGAAGAAAGCCGGAGAUAAGGAUUUACGAGUUGGAGAUCGAGUUCUGGUGGGAGGAUCAAAGAUGGGAGUCAUUCGUUAUAUGGGUGAGACGGACUUUGCUAAGGGUGAGUGGUGUGGGGUGGAGCUGGACGAACCUCUGGGGAAGAACGACGGAGCUGUGGCUGGUACCAGAUACUUCCAGUGUCUCCACAAAUUCGGCCUCUUCGCACCGAUUCACAAAGUGAUCCGCAUCGGUUUCCCCUCCACCAGCCCUGCCAAGGCCAAGAAGAGCAAACGCAUGGCCAUGGGGGUCUCGUCAUUGGCCCACAGCCCCAGCAGCUCCUCCAUCAGUUCAGUCAGCUCGGUGGCCUCCUCGGUGGGUGGACGACCGAGCCGAGCUGGACUGUUGACAGAGACGUCGUCACGCUAUGCCAGGAAGAUCUCCGGCACCACAGCCCUGCAGGAGGCGCUGAAGGAGAAGCAGCAGCACAUUGAGCAACUGCUGGCGGAGAGAGACCUGGAGAGAGCUGAGGUGGCCAAGGCUAACAGCCACAUCUGUGAGGUGGAGAAGGAGCUGACUGUCCUGAAGGCCCAGCACGUACAGUAUGUCACUGAGAAUGAAAACACUCUCCAACAAGUCAAAACCAUGUUGGCCAGUACACAGAAAGACAAACUGGAGCUGGCCAAUCAGCUGGAAGAAGAGAAGAGGAAAGUGGAGGAUCUGCAGUUCAGGGUGGAGGAGGAAUCCAUCACUAAAGGCGAUCUGGAGACUCAGACCAAAAUGGAACACGCCCUCAUUCGUCAGCUCGAGCAGAGUCUGCUCCUCGAAAAGUCGAGGGUGGUGGCGCUGCAGCGAGACUUAGAGAGGAGGAGGCAAACCACGGUCGAGGAGCAGAGCCGCAUCAUGCAGCUGGAGGAGGAGCUGGCCACCAGGAGAGCGGAGAUCAAGAACCUCCGGGCUCAGCUAACAGGGUCUGACACCAGUUCACAGCAGCCCGGUGAUGUUUGCGCGAAUGUCGUCACCGCCCUUGGGUCUGAGGACCUCCAGACGGAGACCCUGCCGCUGCGAGAGCAGCACUUCAAGGAGUGCAGCGAGCUGAAGGAGAGGUACGAGACGGCGUUAGCGGGCAGCCAGCAGGAGAUCGAGUCCCUGAAGGCAACGGCAGAGAAACAAACCCAGGAGAUCAGUGAGCUGAAGCAGAAGGUCCAGCAGGCUAACAAAGAAAACAUGGAGAUGAUGGACACCUGGAAGGCUAAAUUUGACACUUUAGUCACUGACCACCAACGAUCCCUGGAGGGACUGAAAGCCUCGUGGACAGGUGACCACUCUGCAGCUGAAGGCCAAGAGCAGGACACCCAGGAACUAAGAGCUGCUCUGGAGAGCCUGAAGAUGGAGCACCAACUGGAAAUGGAGAACCUUAAGGCCAAACACAAGAUCGAAGCCGCCAUCCUGACCAAGGAGCACGAAGACCUGUGUACCCGCCUCCAGGAAGCCAAAGACCAGCUGGCUGCUGAGGGAAACCAGGUGUUGAAGGCUGAGAUGGAGGCCAAAAAAUGUGGUGACAUCUUUGGUGGUCAGGUGUUGGAGGAGGCAACGGGGAAGCUCCAGAAGGCUGAGCAGAGGCUGGAGGAAAUGGAGAGGCAGCGACAGGAGCUGAGGGAGAGGCUGGAGCUGUCGGAGAAGAAGAUGACAGAUUACCAGGCCCUGCAGAACGCCCAGGAGGAAAGCAGGGAGGAGAUCCAGAAGCUCGAAGAAAAGCUGAGGGUGACGACCAACCAGCUGCAGGCCAUCCAGGCCGACCGCUACACCACCCACGAUGCAAAUGUGAUAGAAGAAAAUGAGAUUUCAGACGAGAAGAUGAAGCUGAAGCAGAACAUUGAAGAAACGACUGAAAAGUUGUUGAAAAGAGAAAAAGAAGUCUCUACUCUCACCUCACAGGUGGAGGCUCUCAAAUCACAGAUCACAGCUAUGGAGUGUAAAGUCAGAGCCGGGGAGAAAAAAGCCGAAGCUCUGUACAAGGACAAAAAACGGGUGGAGGCAGAGCUGGAGACCAUGACCAAGAAGUCCCAUGAUGCCUCUGGUCAGCUGGUGAGCAUCAGCCAGGAGCUGCUGAAGAAAGAAAGGAGCCUGAAUGAACUGAGGGUUUUGCUCCUUGAUUCACACCGACAUUCCCGGGACAUGGAGAAGGACCUGAACAGGGAAAUCCACAAGGCCGAGUGGAAGGUCAAAGAGCAGAAACUCCAGGACGACAUCAAAACGCUGCGGGAAAAACUCCUCCUACUGGGUCAGGAACAUUCCUCGCCUGACCAUCGACGUUACUCCAUGCUGGAACCCUCGGCACAGGAGUCCGAGGUGAGCCGUCUGCGCCAGCGGCUGCACAGCACCGAGGAUGCCCUGAGGAACGCGCUGGAACACAACCAGCAGGUGGACCAGCUGGUCCAGGCCAUGCGCAAGCGUCCGGACAAAAGCCCGGUGCAUGGUUCAAAUUCAGCCAAUGGGAUUCAUCAUCAGGAGUCCAGAAACCCUCAAGAUGAACAACACUGAUCUGAGCAAAGCAGCACGACGUAACAACAAAACAAAAAAAGACGUUUCUCCUGAUCUUCUGCUGCGACACAGAGAGCAACAUUUCAGUUCACACUCGGAACCAAAACAGAAAAAUCUGAAUUUGAAAGUGUCGUUGCAGGAAGCAUCUAAUAGCCAAUCACGUUAAAGUUGUAAAAACAUGUUGAAGUAGAUGGACGUGAACAUGACACAUGGUACACAGUGGUACAAACUGUUGGGAACGACAGAUGAAACAGAUGAAACCUGUGAGGCUUCACAGUCAAUGGAACCGUUUGACAAUUCAGAAUCUGGAUCAUCCGUGGAGAACCACACCAAGAACUGGGUCUCAGUUGCUUUGUUUCUUUUAUUUAUUACUUUUAAUUUUUUUAUUGCUCCUCUGCCUCGGUGAUGUUAAUACAAAUAAUAAUCAAACGUGCUGCAGCUGAGAGGUUUCCUUCAGCAGCACUAGGGAGGGAUUAUGCUGACAUCACGCGUCACCUGACCAGAGGCCCAACAUCCUAACUCAUCACGGUGUUCACAUCUUUGCUUUCGCGUAGCAGUAUGUUGACAGAGUGAUAACAGUGAAGUAUUUUCUCGUUCAUUCACAUCUAAUUGACUUUAUUCCACCUUAAACCUUAUCAGUGAAAAUGUGCCGGUGAUGUUUACUGUGGAUUAUGCAUUAAAUGUUCAAGGUCCAGUGUGUAGGUUGCACCAACUUUUUGGUCAGAAACUGAAACUCAAACCCACAAGUUUGUUUUUGUAGCUGUAUCAUUGUGUUACAACAGUGUUUGUUUGGUUAACAGAGGGCUACACCAGCAGCUUCCUCAGCAGCUGGAAUGGACAGAAAACCCCUUAAAAAUAAACAGCAGUAAACAUUAAGAUGAGUCACAAUUCAGGAGCCAAUGACAGGGCUCUGCAACCAUCAGCACCAAAAGAGCAAUUUUUAACAGUCCAUAAGCCACCACAAAAACAUUUUAAUGACCAUGGUAGUGCUGUACUACCACUACUGCAGUAAUGCUACAGGUUACGCAGAAGUACAGAAAGAAACCUUUUAUUUUUGUACCACAGAAAAGCCUCAGUAAAAGCCCAAGAUACAAAUCUGUACAAGCAGGCAGGUCUGACACACUCACUGUUCUGUUACUUUGCUGUUCAUUAAGCAAAGUAUUAAUUUAUUGUGACGUGGAAAAUGUAUUGCAUUGUUGUUGAAACAUAUGAUGUAGUCAUAAUCAGACGUUGCAUAUCCAGCAGCUCACGCUAAAUAGUUCACGACCCUGCAGUAGGUAUCACUUCAAUGUGAUUGGCAUUCUGAUUUCCUCAAACUGGACUAAAUAUGACUGGAUUUGUAGGUGACGUGUGGAUCUUGUUCAAUGUCCUCCGGACCAAAGAAAAGUACUGAAAUGGCCUGGACAUUCUUACACACUGGACCUUUAAGUGAAUGUACAGUAUGACAUGGUUGAACGUUUGAUGUCCGUGUCCUUAGACUUUUGUCGACCCAAGGGCUGUCAUCGGAGCUAAAGACCCAAACGAUUCUUUUUUCUUUUUUUUUUAAUUGUUCCACUCUGCCUUGAUGACCCGGGCAUUAAGUUUCCCCAUCAAAGUGUUAUUAGCAUCCACACAGAUUUAUUGUUUGUCUUCCAGCUGACCCUGCAUCAAUUUGUUGACUGAACAAGGAGAUUUUGUUAUUGGCUGGUUUUUGUUGCUUUGCAGGAGACUUGACACAGGAGGUGAGUGGUGGAGAAGUCACUCAGGGGUCCUGAGUGACAUAUUAACGUGGCAGACGUCGGACAGCUCAGAUAAAACCUGUAUUUUCCAUCGGAUCUUGUAUUGUACAUGGCCUUUUUAGCUGGAGGGCUCAAACCCUUCAGAUUAUUGCUGCAGUGGUUUUUCGGAGAUUCAUUCAUUAAAUAUUAACGACCUGGGGCGA